AUGUGUAUAAGAACGCAUGACCGUGUGCCUGCGGAAACCAUGACAUCCGGGGCUCCACCUUCUGACGAGGGCAAGAUCGACUCCGCCGCCUCGCUGCCGCUGCACAGGUUGGCAGCAGUUCUCAGACAGACGGAACUGGCCAUCAGCGGCUUCAACAUUAUCGCCGAGGGAGCCUUUGACCCUUUGGGCUGUCGUUUGAGGCGCCUGUCGCUGACCAACAGUACCUUCCCCUCCCUUCCACCUCAGCGAUUCCGGUGCCUCAGCUGCCUGCAAGCCCUUGACUUGGGCAAAGGACAACUCGUCACCCUGGAGGAUGGGACUUUUGAAGGCCUGGAAGAGCUGCGGCUCCUCUCGCUGAGCCAAAAUCGGCUGAGGAACCUCUCCGUCGGGGUGCUUCGUCCCCUCGUCAAGCUGGAGCAGCUCCUUCUGGGCGGCAAGACAGGCACGGUUAGCAAGCGAGCGGUGCGUGGAAACUAUCUGACCAGCUUGCCUGACGUCUCGCACAAUCUACAUCUGCAAGUCUUGGAUGUCAGCGAGAAUCAGGUGACUGCGCUGCAGGGUGGCCUCUUUGCCCAGCUCCGACACCUCAGAGUCCUCGACCUCGCACACAACAAGCUUGGCAGCAUCUCCGCCAACUCUUUCGAAGCCCUCGCAUCGUUGCAGAGUUUGAAAUUGACUGACAACCAGCUGGCCACGCUGCCGGAAGGUGUCUUCCAGGGCCUCAGCUCCCUGACAAGCCUGGACUUGGAGCUCAACCAGCUGGUCACAUUGAGCGACAACCCGCUGGCCACACUGCCGGAAGGUGUCUUCCAGGGCCUCAGCUCCCUGACAAGCCUGGACUUGUACUACAUCCAGCUGGUUUCACUGCCGGAAGGUGUGUUCCAGGGCCUCAGCUCCCUGACAAGCCUGGACUUGUCUCGCAACCAGCUGGCCACACUGCCGGAAGGUGUCUUCCAGGGCCUCAGCUCCCUGACAAGCCUGGACUUGGUGGGCAACGAGCUGGGCCUCAGCUCCCUGACAAGCUUGAGAUUGCUCCACAACGAGCUGGUCACGCUUCCAGAAGGCGUCUUCCAGGGCCUCAGCUCCCUGACAAGGCUGAACUUGUACCGCAACCAGCUGGCCACGCUUCCGGAAGGUGUCUUUCAGGGCCUCAGAUCCUUGCAAAUGCUGGUGCUGGGUAACAACCGCUUGAGCCGGUCGGUGAGACUCUGUGUGGAGGCUUUUUUGAGCUGCGAGAAUUGCAGCUGUGAGGCUUCUUGA